GAGGGUAAGCUUUAUGUCAUCGAAGGAGGGGGGUUAUAUGAUGGAUGUGGAGAUGUUGCUUUUCCUUCAUUCACUCAAGUCAUGGUGCUGCACCGGUAGGACGAUUACGGCUGUAUAACGUAGACAGUUCUGUCCGCCACACAACGGGUACCCCCUCCCGUGAAGUAACUGCCAUAUUCCACAUAAUCUCCAGUGGCUCCCCCUCCCCUUCUCCCGGCGGGGUCGCAGUUUCUUGUUCUUGGGCUAAUGCUCUUCAGCUGGGAUUGUCCCUGUUACGGCGGUGUAGAGCACAGCGAAGCAGGGGAGCUCCAAAGCUCGCUGUGAUGCUGCAAACCUUUGCCAUUGUUCACGCUCGGAGGCCACGCUUUCCCUGAGACCACCGCCCGGUCCUACGGCAUCCGUUUCCAAUGAUCCGGGAUUUACAGCAAGCAGCCGUCCGCUGCACGGUCCUGUCGGUGCUAUGGCUCCUUCUCGGUGUCAAGAAUGUGGCUAUGUUCAUUGUCUCGGUGCGAAAUGACAACAGCUUCAUUAUCUCCCUGGAACCUUCAGACGUGUCAAAUUCUUCCUCGGUGUACAUAGUCAAGGUCACAGGAGAGUCCAAGAAUUACUUUUUUCAGUUUGAUGAGUUUAAUGGCACAUUACCUGCACCUAUAGUCUUCAAUGCCAGCUAUCAUGGUCUUUAUUACAUGAUCACACUAAUGGCUGCAAACCCUAAGGUGGUAUCCAGACCAGCCAAGACUGUCACUGUCCUAACAAAACCUCUUCCUGUGACCAAAGUUUCUGUCUCGGACUACAUCGCUUCCCCAGAAACAGGUGUAGUUUUUGAAAUCCAGUAUCCAGAGAAAUAUAAUGUUUUCUCAAAAGUAAAUAUAAGCUAUUAUGAAGGCAAAGAAUAUCGUUCCAUGCUCUAUAAAGAUCUCUUUAAAGGCAAAACCAUUUUCAAUCACUGGUUAUCAGGAACAUGUUACAGCAACAUUACAUUUCAAUUGGUGUCUGAGGCAACAGUCAAUAAAAGCACAGUGGUUGCAUACAGCGGGGUAGGACAUGAACUGAAGCAACAUAGAACAGUUCCAUAUUCACCUAGUAACAUCUCAAUGGAAAUCCGUCAGACUAACCAGACAAAUUCAAUAGUUGAUGUCAGUCAGCAGCCACAGCUAUUGCCACAGAACAGCAUGGGAACAGACUCAGUAACAAGGCUGCCCUUUAGCAGCCAUGGUGAAGACCUUAAUUUUGUUGCAUCACAGAACUGGGAAAGCUAUAAUUCCAACAGCUCAGAGUAUGAAACCAUGCAUCUGCCAUCUUGGACAUCAGCAGAGGUCACUGUGAACCAGGAAGAUGAAGGCUUUAUUAAUAAACUAGAUGAUCAGUUUGAGGACUUGAGUGGCUCUAGUAUGCCUUUUGAGCUCCCAGCACUACCCCAGACUGCUCUUCCUGUUCAGCUGUAUUUAAGAUGGCUGCCACCAAAGCCUCCAACUGCAUAUGAUGGCUUCUACAUUUAUAUCCAAAAAGAAGGCAACACCACACAUUUGGUAGAAGUCGAUGAGGAUACGCAUACUUUUACCAUCCAGCUUCACGAACCAGGAAAGUACAAAGUAUUGGUGAAAACAUUCAGCUCUUCUGGACCUUGUGAAUCAAGAGAAAGCUUUGCAGAAAACAUCUUCAGUUUUUACUUGAGCCCUUCAGGACAGGUAUCAAAAGAGCUGACUGAACAAGCAAAGAAUGUUGUCGUGACACUACUAAACUCUACAGUGGCUUCAGUAUCAUGGACAUCUUCCUUGUCCAAUGACAGGAAUGCAAUUGUCUCCAUUGUGUCUCUGACUUGCCGGAAGCCAAGAGAAAAUCAAAGGCUUGAAAUGUAUUAUUGCACAGAGGUGAAUUCAAGUAGCAACAUAAUUGGCAAUUUGAUUCCAGGGGCCCAGUACCGAGCUGUGGUUUACUUAAGAAAUGGACCUUAUAUUGGCCCACCUUCCACUGCUGUGACCUUUGGUUUAGAUCCUACUGGGAUCCGGGAUCUCAUGCUGAUUCCCUUGGGACCGAUGUCAGUGAUUCUGAGCUGGAAUAGGCCCUAUUAUGUAGCAUUUAAGAAAUACGUUGUAGAAAUGUUCUACUUCAACCCAACAACACAAACAUCUGAAUGGAGCACCUACUACGAGAUAGCGGCAACAGUCUCCCUGACAGCUUCCGUGAAGGUGAUCAAUUUGCAUCCAGCCUGGUACUACAACUUCCGUGUUACCAUGGUAUCCUGGGGCGAUCCUGAACGCAGCUGUUGUGACAGUUCAACAAUAAGCUUCAUUACAGCACCUACACGCCCAGAAAUUACCUCUGUAGAGCACUUCCAUGGUAUGCUGUACAUCAGCUGGUCAUAUAGCAGCGACAUCACGGAUCUGUCUCAUUCAAGAAUGUUACACUGGCUGGUUAUUGCUGAGGGAAAGAAGCGGAUUAAGAAGAGCGUAACUCGAAAUGUGAUGACAGCAGUACUCAGUUUACCCCCAGGGGACAGGUACAAUUUGACAGUGACAGCCUGUACUGAAAGGAGCAGCAACAAGUCCGCCGUUUAUUUUGUUGAACUCGAACCAGCACCUCCAAAAUCUUUAUUUGCUGUCAAUAAAACCCAGACAUCGGUUACCCUACUGUGGGUAGAGGAAGGCAUAGCUGACUCAUAUGAGGUUAACUGUGGCCCAAUUGGAUCUAUGCAAGAAAAGAAGGUACCUGUGUCUAUUGCUUCACACGCUGUCACCAUUUCAAAUUUAUUGCCUGCAACUCUAUACAACUGCAGCGUGACCACAGUUAGCCACAAUAUUCGCAGUAUACCAGCCUUUAUUGCUGUCUCCACUGUAGUUGCUGAAAUUAAUCCAAACAUGGUGGUGAUCAUAGUGUUGGCAAUCCUGAGUAUCCUUCUGAUUGGGCUUCUUCUGAUCACUCUGAUUGUGCUGAAACGAAAGCGUCUUCAGAUGGCCAGGGACUGUGGAGCUGGAACAUUUGUUAAUUUUGCCUCUUUGGAGAGAGACGGGAAGUUGCCUUAUAACUGGCGUAGAAGUAUCUUUGCUUUCCUAACUCUACUCCCAUCCUGCGUCUGGACUGACUACCUCUUGGCUUUUUACAUUAAUCCAUGGAACAAAAAUGGAUUGAAGAAGAGGAAGUUAACAAACCCUGUGCAGAUGGAUGAUUUUGAUGCCUACAUGAAAGAUAUGGCCAGAGAUACUGAUUACAAGUUUUCUCUACAGUUUGAGGAACUAAAACUUGUUGGGUUAGACAUACCCCAUAAUGAUGCAGAACUACCUUCAAAUAGAUGCAAAAACCGUUAUACAAACAUCCUGCCAUAUGAUUUCAGUCGUGUCAGACUAAUUUCCAUGCAUGAAGAUGAAGGCUCAGACUACAUUAAUGCCAACUACAUUCCAGGCUACAAUUCUCGCCAGGAGUAUAUUGCAACUCAAGGGCCACUGCCAGAGACGCGUUAUGACUUCUGGAAGAUGGUGCUGCAACAGAAAUCACCAAUCAUUGUCAUGCUGACACAGUGCAAUGAAAGAAGAAGGGUAAAGUGUGACCACUACUGGCCAUUCACUGAUGAACCCAUGAGGUACGGGGACAUAGUUGUGGAGAUGGUGACUGAAGAUGAGAAGGCCGAGUGGGCUGUUCGACAGUUCAGAGUUCAUUAUGAGGAUGAAAUGCAGUGUAUUUUACACUUCAAUUACACAGCGUGGCCUGAUCACAGCGUCCCUACAGCAAGCACAGCAGAGAGUAUCCUGCAGUUUGUCAGUAUGGUCAGAAAGCAUGCAACAAAGAAGAAAGGACCGAUUAUAGUCCACUGCAGUGCUGGAGUGGGAAGAACGGGCACAUUCAUAGCUUUGGACCGAUUGCAACAGCAUCUGAAAGACCACGAGUUUGUCGACAUCUUAGGUCUGGUGGCUGAACUACGCUCCUACAGGAUGUGCAUGGUACAGACAGAGGAACAAUACAUAUUUAUCCACCGCUGCGUUCAACUGAUGUGGGCAAAAAAGAAACAAAAAUUCAACAUUAGUGACGUCAUCUAUGAAAACACCAUCAAAUCAUAGUGGUGGAUAACAUUAGUAAAGGUGAUAAGGCGUGGAUUUGCCACAUUCCUUUUUGUCAUUGUGAUGUGUCACUUCCUGAGAAACACUGUACCAAGACAACAAUGAACAGAACUGGAAUAAUUAUAUAACUAUAUAUAUAUAUGUUUGUGUGUGUGUUGCCAAUACAUACUCACAUAGAAACAUGUUUGGGUUACAGAAUCAGUGGCAAGAUGCUUGGCCUUAAUGAAUUCACCAUUUUUAUAGAAUUCCACAUCAACUUAAUAUCUCUCUCUCUUGAAAUGCUAGCGCAGGUAUUCUGCUCGACUAAACAAGAUGGCAGCCAAGACAAGAAAGGCAAGCACUAAAUUAAUGUGUAAUGGAAAGCAAAAGUGUGGGGCUCUCUGAGUCCAGCCUCAAAAAUCAGUGUUUAAGGUUCUCUGUGCAAUAUUGCUACCAGCAAAAUAUAAAGGAAGAUGAUAGACAUUGCUGACACAUAAUAAAAACAGAACUGUACUAAAGAAGUAAGUCUGAAAGGAAAAGCUAUACUUCUGGACAAUGUGAAAAUUCUUUGGCACUUGUCAUGAGCUCAGUCAUGACAGAAAUAAAAAAGAAAAGAAAUUCUGAUGACAACAGCCAGAUCCUAAAACUGCAUAAGUAUAGAAAGCGCUAUAGUGGUACUGCCCUGGACUGGGACCUUCAUCUCAUUUAACAUAAUGAAGAGGUCCAGCUUCAUCUACUCAGCUGGCAUUGGUGAUUUAUGUUUGCCUUCUCAUAGUAAACAUACUGAUCUGUGCAUGGCAUUGACUGCUUUGCCAAAAUCUGGAUAUUCUUUUAAAACUGCUAAACCUUUGUACAUACAUAUGUACAUAUGGACAUGUGUCAGUGUAUCUAUGCAUGUGUGUUUGUGUGCACAUUACAUUUGAAGGUAUUGACACUCAAAAUGUGGACUAAGUUUUUCUUCUAAAGUAUGUGGGGGGAAUGUCUUUGUAUUAUCACACCUUCUUUAUAAAUGUAACUUUCCCCAGGGUCAGAACAGUACUACAGUGUGAGCAAAUAAAUGGAAUGCAUACUGCAUCAGCAAUUUUGUUUGUCAACGCAUUACUUUUCAGCCUUUCCACAAAAUACCAACAUACCUAAAAUCACAUUUACACCCAUAGCUACACAUAAUCAUACACUUGCACACACAUGAGCGAGCACACUUAAACAAUGCAUGUACUCAUUCACUGGCAUUCAUUCACUGACUACACAGCAUUUACAUAACUUUUUAAAAAGUGCUGUCUGCUGGAAAGAAAUAUUCGUUGAACAGCUAGAGUAAGAAAAAGGUAUUAUAUUUAAGUAAAAAAAAAAUCUGUGCUAUUGUAAUUUCACUGUCAUGGUAAUCACCUUCACCUUGUGUUAUAUGUAUGUAUGCAUAUUGUACUUGUCACCGUACAGAAGCUUACAUUUAUUUAAAAUGAUAGUUUAGGUUGUUCUGUGUUGAGCUACAGCAGAUGAAACAUUUGGGAGAUUAAAAAGCAGUGAUAGUGUAAUUUCAGAGAAAUAAUAUACAAGUAUGUCUUGCACAAUUGUUUGAUAGUCCAUUGUUGUUUACCGUUGGUUGCUUUUGUUUGGAUAGUACAAACAUGUUAACAGGAUUGACAUUAAGGAUAUAAUGUUUGUAUUUUUGUGGCUUAUGCAGAUGCAUUACCUCUGUCAAAUGAAGCCAUAUUUUAGUUCAGAAGCUACCAUUUGUGAUUUCAUAAAUUAUGAGACUGGUAUUUAAUCAUAUGUAACUCACAUGUGUAAUAAAAUCAGGAGCAAGUAUCAGAAAAAAUGAAAUGUCUGAAGCAAAAUAAAAAAAAAAAACGUGGGGCUUA